AUGGGUAGAAUUUUAACCACCGAGGGAGAGGGGGGUUCCAGUCGACUUGCCGAGCUGGCGGCAGUAGCUAACAGCAUUGCAGCGUGGAUGGCCCGGUGGCAAGACAUGGGGUGGGAAAUACAUGGACGUUCCCUCUUGGGACAGCACCACUGGCGUUUCAUUUGGGAGCAGGCUACCCACAGAAAAAUUUAUGUCCACCAUGUGGAUGCCUAUACCUGGAAAGAUAAUGAAGAGGCAACGUUUAACGCUGCUGUGGACCAGGCUGCCCAAAUAUCAUCUGCCACCACUUUUACCCCUGACACAGACCCCAGUGCACUAGCUGCGUGGGCACACCGCCAAGGUGGCCACUUAGAUGGCACGUGGCGCUGGGCUGAACAAUUCGGUGUCGCCUUGACACUCGAUCAAUGUAAAACCUCUGUAGAUAACUGCCCCAUCUGCCAGCAAGUCAAGCCACGGGACUGGCCGAUAGGGCCACCGGGCCACAUUCAUCGCGGCACGGGGGCGGGUCAGGUAUGGCAAAUCGACUGUAUUGGACCGCUCCCGCGACAGAAUAAGAAGCAGUAUGUCCUCACGAUGGUGGACACAUACUCGGGUGUCCUGGUGGCAGUGCCCUGUGAGAGGGCCGACCAGAACGGCACCAUCAGAGGAUUACAGCACCUCUCUUCUCUCUAUGGGGUCCCAUGGGAGGUACAAUCCGAUCGGGGCUCACACUUGGCUGAGGCGGGGAUCUCGUGA